ACCUGGUGCAGUAAAAGAGUGGAAUAAGUGGAGAAAGACUUGGCAAGAUAUGCGAAGUGCAACUAAAGCCAAAAAUACUUCUAUCAAGAAACAUGCUCAAGGUACUGGUGGAGGACCUGCCUCAAGUCAAGUCUUAACAGAAAUAGAUCAAAAUAUUUUAACACUUAUUGGUCCAACUGUUGUGGAGGGACAUAAUUCAACACAGGAAUCCAACGUGCAAUUUGAUUGGAAUGAUGAACCAGAAGUAUGUAAUGUGGAGUACCUAUCACAUGACGAAGAAAUUGUGAAAAAUUCUGUACAACGUGACAAUCAAGAAGUAAUGCAAGAUUCUACUCCAUUGAAGUCAUUGCCUUCUCAUAAUAAUUCUAAGAAAGGUGCAUCAAAAGAAGCUAACAGCAUUUUCAACGUAAUGCUAAAUGCUAAAUCAAUUCCGCAAAAAUCAGGUACUAAAAGAACCGCUGCUGCUUUGAGAUAUUCAAAGUCAAUAGAACAAACUGAGAAGCUGGCUGAAAUAUCACACCAAGAUGGUCAAACACGAAAGAUGUAUUAUGAAAAAAAACUCGAGCUUUAUAAAAAAAAACUAGCUCCUAAGGAGAGAGAUGUUAUAGCCAAAGAAAACAUUUACAUAUUGCUGGAGCAAUUCUUAAAAAAAAGCAAUUUAAGGCGUUGCAUAUUGUUGGCUGUGAAAAUAAUUUGA